AUGCUCGGCAUGUACCACCAGGAGCCUGGCGGGGGUGAUCCGUCGGAGAGACAUGCUUGGCGCCUGCCUGUCCCCAGCCCUUCUCAGUUUGACCUCCUUCCUUCAAGUCUGUCCCUCGAGGAUUCUAGAGCGGCCUCCAGGAGCGCUAUCUUAGUUCCCCAAGACAGCCGUCUCUGUCCUCUGCCUCCUCCAGGCCUGGCAGGUGGCACUGUCCGGGGGCGGAGCCUUGGGCGAAGGGCGGGGCUUGCGGCGGAGGAAGGAACCAAGCGGGACCUCAGCCUCACCAUGGACCUGGAAUGCUCCCGGCUGCUCCCGGCUCUCUGUGCUGUUCUGGUAGACCCCAGGCAGCCGGUGGCAGAUGACACCUGUUUAGAGAAGCUGCUGGACUGGUUUAAAACGGUCACUGAGGGAGAGUCCAGUCUCUUGCUGCUGCAGGAGCACCCCUGCCUGGUGGAGCUGCUGUCCCACGUGCUGAAACUCCAGGACCUGAGUCCCGGGGUCCUCUCCUUCUCACUCCGCGUGGCAGGAAUCUUCGCAGCCCAGGAAAACUGCUUCCAGUAUCUUCAGCAGGGGGAGCUGCUACCAGAGCUCUUUGGGGAGACAGGCCCUCUUGGCCAAGCAGCCUGGGCCGUGCCCACUGUGCGCAGCGGCUGGAUCCAGGGCCUGCGCUCCCUGGCACAGCACCCUAGCGCCCUGCACUUUCUGGCCGAUCACGGUGCAGUCGACACCGUCUUCUCCCUGCAGGGAGAUUCCAGCCUGUUUGUGGCCUCGGCGGCCAGUCAGCUCCUGGUGCACAUCCUGGCUUUGUCCAUGCGAGGUGGAGCCAAGGAGCAGCCCUGCCUGCAGGGGGAUGACUGGCCCACGUGUGCCCAGAAGAUCAUGGGUCACGUUGAAGAGUCCUUGUGCUCCACAGUCACCCCCAAGGUCACUCAGGCCCUGAACAUCCUGACCACAACCUUUGGCCGCUGCCAGAGCCCCUGGACGGAAGCCCUGUGGGUGCGGCUGAGUGCCCGCGUGGCCUGUCUGCUCGAGAGAGACCCCAUUCCCGCCGCACACUCGCUCGUGGACCUGCUUCUCUGUGUGGCUCGUUCUCCUGUGUUCGGUUCUUCCAACGGCAGCCUGUGGGAGAUGGUGGCACAGGCUUUGAGCUGCCUGGGCCCCGCCCAUGUGGGACCUCUGGCUCUGGGCAUCCUGAAGCUCGAGCACUGUCCACAGGCAUUGAGAACCCAGGCCUUCCAGGUCCUCCUCCAGCCCCUGGCCUGUGUCCUGAAGGCCACGGUUCAGGCCCCCGGACCCCUAGGCUUGCUGGACGGGAUGGCAGAUGACGCCAUGAUGGUAGACGCUCUCCUGGCCUCCAAAUCCUCCUGCGCAGGCCUCCUGUGCCGUACCCUGGCUCACCUGGAGGAGCUGCAGCCGCUGCCCCAGCGGCCCUCGCCAUGGCCCCAGGCGACCCUGCUUGGGGCUGCAGUGACUGUCCUGCGGCUCUGUGAUGGCUCAGCUACUCCCGUCUCCAGUGUGGGGGGCCACCUCUGUGCAACCCUGGCGGGCUGCGUCCGGGUCCAACGAGCAGCUCUUGACUUCCUGGGGAUGCUGUCACAGGGUACAAGCCCCCAGGAGCUGGUGACACAGGUGCUUGCUGUCCUCCUGGAGUGCCUCAAGAGCCCUGGCUCCAGCCCCACGGUUCUGAAGAAGGCCUUCCAGGCCACGCUCAGGUGGCUCCUGAGCUCACCCAAGACCUCCAGCUGCUCUGAUCUUGGCCCCCACAUCCCGCAGUUCCUCAGAGAGCUGUUCCUUGUGCUGCAGAAACGCCUGUGCAGCCCCUGCUGGGAGGUGAGGGACUCUGCCCUGGAGUUCCUGACCCAGCUGAGCAGGCACUGGGGAGGAGAGGCCGACUUCAGAUGUGCUCUCCUGGCUUCAGAAGUACCUGAGCUGGCCUGGCAGCUCCUCCAGGACCCUGAGAGUUACGUCCGAGCGAGCGCAGUGACCGCCACAGGGCAGCUCUCUAGCUGGGGCCUGCACGCCCCUACCAGCCCCCAGCACGCAGUGGCCCGGCAGAGCCUGCUCCGGGAGCUCCUGCGCAUCCUCUCCGCAGACUCGGAGGGCUUCCCACGGAGGGCGGUUAUGCAGGUCUUUACCGAGUGGCUACGGGACGGCCAUGCUGAUGUGACCCGGGACACAGAGCAGUUUGUGGCCACUGUGCUGCAGGUGGCGAGCCGGGACCUGGACUGGGAGGUCCGCGUCCAGGGCCUGGAGCUGGCUUUGGUGUUCCUGGGCCAGACAUUGGGGCCACCGCAUACCCACUGCCCCUAUGCCGUGGCCCUACCCGAGGCGGCCCCAGCCCGGCCACUCACCGAGGCAUUGAGGGCUCUUUGCCACGUGGGGCUCUUUGACUUCGCCUUUCGUGCCUUGUUUGACUGCGACCGCCCUGUGGCCCAGAAGUCCUGUGACCUCCUCCUCUUCCUGAGGGACAAGAUUGCUUCAUACAACAGCUUGCGGGAGGCCAGCCCCAACACCGACUCCGUGGAGGCUGCCCCGUGGAGGUGGCGGGCACAUGAGCAGACCCAGCCCCAAGAGGACCAGGAGCCUGAGGCUGUGCUGGCCAUGCUGAGGUCCCUAGACCUGGAGGGCCUGCAGAGCACACUGGCCGAGAGCAGUGACCAUGUGGAGAAGAGCCCCCAGUCCCUCCUGCAGGACAUGCUGGCCACAGGGGGCUUCCUGCAGGGGGAUGAGGCCGACUGCUACUGAGCAGAGCUGGAGUCUGCCACUGGGGCCCAGGACCGAGGGAGGCGGUGCCUCAUCCUUCUGUGGGACGUUGCUAUCUCCAGGGCUCCAGCCGAGCCCAGCUGGCUGAGGGAUCCUCGGGGGAAGCCAGGACCAGGAGAAAAGCAAGGUCGAGAAAUCCCACAUUUUGAUGUAUUAAAGAAAUGACUCAUUUCCUACUCAAAAUAAAUGGCAUUGAAGUCUUUAGUC